GCGCAGUUAACCGUCGCACACGACCGUAUAAACACACACGCGCACACUUCUGCCGGACCACACCACUCACGGACGACGACCGUGUAUAAUAUAAUAUUUAUUGUAUUACACGCGACUGCAGUGUUCGCCCGCCCGCACAAACGCGUAAUACUGCCGCACGCACUCCUGGAGGAGCUGAAUAUUAUUAUUAUUAUCAUUAUUCUUAUUAUAUUAUAAUAUUUUCGACUAGCAAAACCUCGAAAAUAAUAUUAUAAUAAUACAGUAGCCGUCCCAACUAUAGACACACUGCAAAACCGUCAUGAUUGCCACCAGUACAAUGCGGGUCGCUUUGACCGUGGUCACAGUAUUUGCAUGGUUUGCGGCAGGUCAAAGAAUUACAACAAUACAGUUGGAUGGCACUCAGUACUACAUCAGCAGGAUGAAUCCAUAUUCAGCGGAAUUAAACUACUUUUUGGCAUAUGAAUAUUGCAGAUCAAUUGGAUUGCAAUUGGCUUCAUUUGAAACGUUGGAAAAAACAAACUCUAUAUCAGAUUUCUUAAGAAAUGCUGGUUACAACAAAUUCGACUAUUGGACGUCUGGAAACCGCUUGGGCACCGAUAUGCUCAUCUGGAUGUCUACUGGUCUGCCGUUCAACACGACUUUCAGCCAAAUGAAACGGCCGAACCCGGACAAUAACGGUCUGGACAACGAAGACUUGAAAAUGAACGCUAGGCCGGAACUGCCCAUAGCCAGGAAAAAGAGGGGCGAAAGUGGUUCCAGGGACGGAUGCGUAGCGAUCAAAGCGCCUAACAUGGACUGGGUGACGGCUGACUGUACCGAUCUGAAGGACUUCAUUUGCGAACAGACCAGGUGUUAUUAUUACAACUACGGGUCGAUUCCGGUGUCCUCCAGCCAGGGUUUUGGUUAUAAACAAAAAGCUGCGGCAAUCCCAAUUCACUCAAACAUAUCUUUGGAGGAAAACACUACCACUCCGACAACUACUACUACUACUACCACUACUACCAUGAAUCCCACCACAACUACUACCAUCGCAGCCACCAAUUCCACCACAACCUCUACCACAACCACGCCAGCUUCGCCUACUGUUAUGCCCACGACCUCCACCGCUGCUGCCGCAGAGAACUACGCGGUCACUGACUUCCAGCGGAAGUCGGGUUUCGACGACGGCCACGAAAACGACGCUCCUAGGGCUGCGGAACCGGAACCCGAACUGACGGUCGCCACGACGUCAGGUCCGGUGGUAGAUGACUCGCCGUCUGCUAGCACGAUCGAACCACUGCAAAGUGGAUAUCAAGAGUCGCAAACCGACGAACAACAGUCGACCAGUGAACCACGAGCGGAGAGUCAGUAUUAUACCACCGAACUUCCGACGCUCAUCCAGAUGCACAAUCAACAACAGCACGAACAACAGGAGCACGACCAACAGCUGCAUAAACAUAAUCAACGAGACGAUGUUCAACAGCGCGGCAACCAAGAAAUAGGUCGUCGAGAUCAACUGCAGCAGCACAACAAUGCGUACGCUUUCGAAUCGCUGGAAAAAGCUUUUGCCACUGCAGUGCCGCACAAGAUUAGAUCCACCAAGGACUUGGAACAGCCCAAAGACGCUGCCGCAGCUGCCGGUGAUCUACAGUUACCGUGGUCGUGGGCCAAAGACAUAAUGUUACAAAAACCAGUGUUGAAAAAGUCAUCACAGGAAGUCGCUUAGUUCCAUAACAAUCGGCGAGUCUUACGUUCAAAAUAUCAUGUUUAUUUGAAGAAAUUUUUUUUUAAAAAAACAGAAUAAUUACGUAUUGCAUAUGGAAAUCAAAAAUCAACCACAAACCUAAACUUCGUACAAACAUUGCUCUCUCCCGAGUUUCUCCCUACACGU